AUGAAGAGAAUAGAAAAACUUGGAUUCUAUUUAAAAUCUAAUCUCCAUAGUUAUUUGAUUAUUAAUUCUUCGUACUAUCCACACAUCAUUGAUGUAUACAUCACAUCACCAAAUCAUUUUCCUGUCAGAGGAGUGAUUGAAUUAACCCCUGGAUAUAUUCAUCAUGUACAAAUAGAAAUGGUACGUCAUCAACGUAAUCAAGAAAAGCGACGAUGUCAUAGCGAGAAGUAUUCAGCAAUGAUAUACGACGCUGAUCUAGUGACAAAACGUCGAAUUUAUGAUACUGGUGGAGAUUUAUGCCAUCGAUUAUUGUCCCAGUAUUUAUAUCUACAAGAAUGUCAUUGUUAUAGUCCAUUUCUCCCGUAUGGUUAUUUCCCUGAUUUACUCAAUAUAACUGAUAGUAAUGACCAUAAUAAUCAUAAAAAUAAUAAUAAUACGAACACCAAUGGAUCAGUAUCACAGCCAGUCUUGUGUUUGAAUAUGUCAGUAUUCAAUGACUAUCAAUUGGUGGGAAAUUUGAAUUGUAUGCAGCGUGUAUUCAAAAAGUACAGAAAUGCCAGUUUAUAUUUGAGCUUAGAGAAAGCUCAACAUUGUGAAUUCUAUGCACAAUCGACGAAUUGUGAUGAAGUGAGGUAUAAUCACUUCGGUAUGGUGAAUAAUCCAAUGGCAGAUUUAUGGGGUAGUGCGCAGCAUAAUCAAGCCAAAACUGACUUUCUGAUCAACAUGUUCCAUCUCCUGGCAAAUCAGAUUAUGAGUGACGAAAAUAUUCACGGUGUUGGUCAUAUUCCAAGUGAUGAAUACAUGAAGGUGGUAUCACGAAAUGAAUCAGCACAACAAGAAGUACUCCGCCAGUUACGUAAUAAUUUUGCUUUAUUACGGGUAGAACGUGUUAGCCCUCGUGGCAGACUAGUUGUCGAAGAAAAUGAAUACCCACUGUCUCGAUUAUUAUCUGAUGUUGGCGGUAAUAUGGGAUUGUGGAUUGGUAUAUCUGUGAUUGGUUUAUUUGAAUGUUUUGAACUCAUCGGUUUCAUCAUAUAUGCAUCAAUUAAUUAUUUAAAAAGCUUGACACUGCGUUUACUCAAGUCAUGA